UCAGUUCUUCGACGGGAAUACGCACACAAUCUUAAUUUCGCAACCUCGUCAGGGCGGGUUCACUUAAAGUGAGAGCUUGCGCUCGUGAACUUUCGCCCCUGGUAAACAAAGAAAAAAUGGAGAAUCGAACUGUCACGAGUGAGACAAGACGGACGAUGUCUACGGUAGAAACGUACAGCUCUGUGUCGUCUUCCUAUAGCGCGAACAGCGAAAGUUUAGCAGUUAUUGGUGAAGAUGUCACCAUGAAACAGCUAGCAACCGCCAGAGAAACCUUUAGCGACUUGGAAACGGCCUAUCGGAAGUUCAAACUAGAGUUAGAGAACGUAAAGGAAGAGCACCGAAAUGAGGUGGAUAAGUUACGUUCGCAAAUCGAAAAUCUUCAAAAGCAGAAAGCUCAUUUACAAGAGCAGCUGAAAGAUUCACGCGUGGAUGCGAAAAAGCAUCAGGACGAGUUAAUCCGAGUGCAGCGAAAACUAACCGAGAAAGAGUGGGAAUAUGACGCCUUGAAGAAAGACUUCGACACACAGAAAGAACUGAUCCGCAAACUUAGAGAGGAGAAAACAGCCCUUGAAAAAGAAAAUGAUGAGCUUAGGCGCGAGCUCUCCUCCAGUCAGGCGCUCGUACCAUCUCCUGGCGGAAGAAAGGAAGACAGCGAAGAACUCGUGGCUGUCCGACAGGAGAUUACAGAGUGGGAGACAAGCUACAAGUUUGUUCAUAAGGAAAAGGAAGAUUUACAGGAGGAAAUGUUAGCUCUUCAGAGUAAGCUGAAUGACAUUCAAGCGGAUUAUGACAAAAACCAGAGGGAACUGCAGAAGGAAGCAAAAAUCAACUCCAUGAAGGCGUCGAAACUGGAAGCGCAGAUGCAAAAUUCUGUCAGACAGAAAGAUAAUUUUAAGAACCAAUUAGAGAAUUUGCGAGAGGACUACAAGAAAGGAAAAGAAGCAUACAAACUCCUUCAGCGAGAUUUCCUGGAGAGUCAAAAGAAGGCCGACAUGUAUCGUGAGGAGCUAAACGCCAAGAAUAACCAGCUGCAAAAAUUGGAUAAUUCCAAUAAGGCCCUGCAGGGAAAGCUUGAAGCACUAAAGCAAGAUUUCACGAAGAAUCAACUCUCCUCUGACAUCUAUGACAGACAGAAAGAGGUGCUUGAGCGAGAUCUGCAGGAAGCCGAGUGGAAAAUAAACGAUUUGGUCGAAGCUAACGAAGGGUUGUCAGCACAGCGAGACGAGAUGGAGAAAGAGCUGGCUUUGGUCAAGGCACGCAUCCCUACUUUGGAGAACAACUGUGAAAAGGCCAAUGAAAAAGCCAGUGAAAACGAACAACACGUCAAUCGUCUUCGUCUUCGCAUUGGUGACUUGGAAACUAAUUUGUUUUCACUUCAAACCAAGAAUAACCAGCUAGAGGCAAACUAUCAAGAGUCGAUGGUAGAGACACAAGAACUUCAGAAUAGGUGUGAGCGUGCGAAUGAGAGAGUAGCAGACUUAGAAUCUCAAGUGGAUCUGCUAGGUCAGGAGAACGAAGACUUGAAGAGUCAGUUGGGGCACUCUGAGCGCAGAAUUUCCGAGUUAAAAGCAUCAUUGCAGAGGAACGAGCAAGAGAACGAAGAACUUGAGGUAUCUACCGCGGGAAUGAAGACACACCUGUCGAAACUUGGAAGUCAGUUGGACACAAUAAGCAAGAGCAAAGUGCAGUUGAAGUCCGAGCUUGACGAAGAAAAGAGCAAAAUUGCCAAGCUCCGGAAAGAUCUGGUCACAGCCCAAGCAAGUGCCGCUGAGUAUCAACGCACUUCAGAAUGGUUCAAGCGAGACGCAGCUUCUAAAGACCGUACAAUUGAUGAUCUCAGAGCUAACAUAGCAGCCAUGGAAGGAAAGAGCGAGCCACUAUACGAGGAAAUUAAUAAGCUCCAAACGCGUAUGGAAAUCUUAGAAGACGAGAAAAAAAGUCUGCAUGGAGAAAAUCUUCAGAUUCAGAAAGCCCUUCGUGAGGUCGAAGCAGAUUUGGCUCUCGCCAACGAAGAUAAAGAUCGCUUGAACGAUGAACUUCAGGAAUAUUACAAAAAGUCGUCUGAGCUUCAAGCGUCUUACAAGAUCUGCGAUCAGGAAAGAAUGGACAACCAUCAGCAAGUACUGAUGCUCACCAAGAAAGUCGAACGCUUGGAAGCUGAUCUGGCAGAGGCCCUUAAAGCGAACAAAUGGCUGGAGGCUGAGCUUGAAAACUACACCGGAAACGAUCGUAAGAAUGUUGAGGAGGUAGAUAUUGUGAAGACGCAAUUAGUAGAGGUGCAAAGCAUCAUGGAUGACUACCGACGUGAAGGAGCCGAUAAAGAAUCUACCAUUGAGCAAUUACGUGAGCAAAAUCUCUUUCUGACGAAAGACUAUGAUGAUCUUAAAGGCGAACUUAAUUACAACAAGUCUCUCGUGGAUGAAAUUGAAAGUGACAAGAGAAGACUUCAGGAACAAGUCGCCGCGCUUAGCGAGGAGCUCUCAAGGGUGACGUCCUUGUACGAGUCCACUAAAAGGAAAAGCGACCAACUGGAAGUCGACCAUAGCAUUGUGGUAAAGAAGAUAAAUACUCUGGAAACAACGUACAAGAAAGAUGUUGACAAGAAUGCAAGGCGUGAACUGGAGAUUGAGCGCAACAGAAACGGAGAGUUAGAGAGAGAGUUGUACGCAUAUCGCAAGAAAAUUGCAGAAGCAGAGGCAGAAUUACAAGCGUCAAAUAAAGACAAAGAAGAACUUGAAGAGGAACUAGAUGAGGUAGAAGGAAGGAUAUCGGUACAGAACCAAGACAUCGAAAGAUUGACUCAGGAGAACGCUGACAUGACUCACAGAGUGACAUCUUUUGAUCAGAAGUUGAAAGAGAUGAACAACGAAGUAGACACUGCUUUGAGGCUUAAAGAUAAGGCUGAAGAAGAUCUAUUCAGUUCAAGGAGUCGCGCAAAUAAGCUAGAGUCCCAGGCUGAAAUUCUACAACGGCAGAAGUUGCAAUUAAAAGAUCAGCUGGACGAUGUGAACAACAAAUUACUUCAGUCCCAAGAACAAAUAAUGAUUCUUGAAAGUCAGGUGCUAGAGAACAGGAAGAUUAACGAGACUAUGAACAGGGUGGUCGGAAAGAAGGACAAAGGUAUUGAAGAACUGAACAACGAGCUUAGACAACUUGAGAGGGAUUUUGAUACCACUAAACAAGAUCUGAUUACUGCCAGAGUCACAUGUGAAGGAUUAGAUGCUGAGAAGAAAGACUUGGAACGAAGACUGGGCCUAGCUCAAGACCGUAUCAAUAAUUUAGAGAAGGAUGUGAAUACCUAUCGAGAUGGGCGCGGCACUUUGGAGCAAGAGAUAAGCACCUAUACGUUCAAGAUCACUUCAAUUGAGACGCAGCUGAUCAACACCACUAAAGAUAGGGACCAUUUCAAGAACGAGUACGAAAAGCAGCUUGCAAGCAACAGAAAGGUGAAAGAGGAUAUGCUAAGCAUGCAAAACCAGGUCCGCGAAAAAGAAAGAAUGAUAGAGGGCUUCAGAAAGGAUCUUCGCGACAAAGAAAACACUCUUGAGAGAUUGAAGUCAUCAAAGGCAGGACUAGAAAACGAGUUGCUACAAGUCAAGAAAGACCUUGAGACCUACAAAUGGAAGAACGAAAAUCUGGAAGACAAUGUGGUGAAUCUAACAGAACAGAUCCAAAACUCAAACAUCGAAAUUUCUAAAAUGGAGGUCACCCUAUCAGCUUUAGAGCGAGAAAAGGAAGACAGAGACAAGAGUGUAGUACCAAGUGAGGAUAAUUAUCACGAGCUAGAAGCCAUGUUAACGCAAAGUCAAGAUCGAGAGAACUCUUUAAAGCAAGAGCUGCAGUUGCAGAAAGCAAAAGUGAACAAGGCAGAAGGAGAAUUCAAGCGAGUUCAACAGCAAGGCAUCGAGCUUCAACACGAGAUCAACAUAUUGAACAGAAAAAUACACGAUGCAGAUGAGGGCAGAAACCGGGCAGACCGCGAGAAGAGAGCCUUGAAAGAAGAACUCAUGGCCACCAGUGGAAAAUUGUCUGACUUGGAGGUGAAGUUUGAACAUGAAUAUCGAGAGAAACUCUCCCUACAAGGACAACUGGAGGACGCUAUUAACAGGUCAGCAGUCAACCGCGAAGAGGUUCUUAAAGUUGAACAACAGCUCAUCGAGCAAAAGCUUGCCGUUGAUCUUCUAAACAAGGAUAUCGCCCAGAACGAGGACCACAUAGAUCAACUGAAAGCAAGUAAAAAGUAUUUAGAGGAGCAGGUGCAAUCACUCAAAGCAAGUUUAAACAUCAGCCGUGAGGAUUGUCAAAGGCUAAAGCAAGAACAAGAACGUCUGCAAAAAGAAAUUUUAAGACUGCAAGAUGGCGUUCAAGAAGCAGAAGGACGCACGCAGAAAACAGCUUACGAGCGAGAUCGUGUUCAAGAGGAAACGCGCACAUCAGUUGUCAAAAUUUCAAAUCUUGAGCAACAGUUGGCUGAUUCUAACAGAGAAAAAGAUUCCCUCAAGGAUAAGUUAGAGGACUGGAAAGAAUCCUCCGCUCGAUACCGUGAUGAAACUGUUACCUUGGAAAGUGAGAUUUCCUCUCUGAAGGCCACUAUCGACACUCUCACUGCAGAUAUAGAAAGCAAGAACAGGCAGCUUGAGGAUUUGAAGCAAAGGAAAACAAUCAUAGAAGAAGAACUCGAAGACACGAAGAGAACCCUCCGACGGAAAGAUACUGAUCAUGAUAACUUGAUGUCAAAAAGGAAGGAAGUGGAGGAAUCUUACAACAUUGCUGUGCAGAGGAUCGAGACGUUGGAAAGCAACCCGUUCGGUUCUGACGAGGAACGUAGGUUUCUCGAAGAGGAAUUGGCAGUUACAAAGAGAAAGCUAACAGAAACAGAGGUGGCCUUGAGAGGAAGUGCUGACCGAGAGAAGGACUUUCAUGAGAAAUUUAUAGCUGUUCACUCGCAAUUGUCAAGACUGGAGUCGAGCAGGGAAACCUUACAAGAAAAGAAAACCGAGCUAGAGCACGAUUUGUACGCUACUCAAAAAGAGUUGGCGCCUUUGAAGGAGGGAUACGAGACUGCGAUGAACGAAGUAGACGCCCUGAAUCACCAUCUGAACGAAGCAAACACCAGGAUCACCCAACUGGAACUGCUCUUGGAUAAGGAACAAAAAGCUAGGUCUAAAAUGGAACUCGAGAAAGAGGGAGAAAUCGCUAAGUUAAGUAAAAACGAUGAAGAACUUUUGCGAGUGCAGCGGAAAUUAGUAGAGUACCAGACCUUAUGGGAUCAGCACACGAAGGAAGUCGGCGGCAAAGACGCUCUCAUUCAAGAAUUGAGAAGUGAGAAAAAGACCUUAGAGAGGAAUUUACAAGUUGGGAGGGACGAACUGGCGAGCAUGCAUGGCUCUAUCAGCGAUGCUUUGAGAAAGAAGGACGUAAGUGACGGUGAUGCGUUUGCAAUGAAAAAGCAGAUAGCAAACUACGAACUGCGUCUCAAAUCUACCUUACUGGAAAAUGAAGAAAUGCACAACGACCUUAUUGGUUACAGCAAUAAAAUAGCCGAAUUGGAGGAAGAAAUACAGAGAGUACUGAAAGAAAAUGCCAACAUGAAAGCAGAGCUACAUGAUGCCCGAGAUAAUGCGGCCAGAAGGAAAGAAGAUUACGAUGUACUAUCAAGGAAGAACACAGAGUAUAAAAACACACUGGAGGCUCUGCGAAAAGAAGUGAGCGAUAAGAAUGGGCAAGUUGAGGUCCUGAAGUCAGUUAACAGUUCCCUAGAGGGUGAAAUUAAUUCACUGAAAGCAAAGAUUGGCCAUUUCAACGAUGAAUUUGACAAAGGAUAUCAGGAAGUCACAGAGCUAAACGUCACAAUUCGAGAAAAAGAAUCCACAAUCGGCAGCCUGGAAAACACCAUAAGAUCACUCCGCCGUGACAACGAUAAGUUAUCACAGGAGAUCGCGGCAUGUAGAGCGUCAACAACUGAGUAUAAAAAUUAUUAUCAAGGGGCAAAGAAAGAUCUGGAGAAGUUACAGACUGACCUGCUCUCUUCAAACAACAGAGUCACUCACCUAGAAACGCGCAACGAGGCCCUGGAGGACGAAAGAAAUGAUCUGAAGAAUGAAAUCGCCUUCUUGAAGAAACUCAAUGCUGAGUUAAAAGGCAAAGUCGAAGCAUUAGAUCGUGACAAGAAGAAACUGCAGAACGAGUUUAACGUUAUUCAAAGGAAAUACCAAGAAAUCCACAGCAGCUUCAUUAGCAUCGAGAGCGAGAAGGCAAGAAUCAAAGGGGACGCUGCCCUGCAAAAGAAAGUUGUCGAUCUCCAGUCGCAACUGCAGCAGAUUACUCAAGAAAAAGAAGACACAGAGAACGAAUUGGACUUGAUCAGGAAGAGGCUAUCAAAGAUGGAACAGGAUUUUGGUGAUUGCAAUCGCGCAAAAGAGUCGUUGGAGUACGAGGUUAGCUGGCGAACCAAUCGCAUAAAAGAACUAGAAGAUGUCAUACACGCCAUGGAAGAGAAAGACCAGUUUGGAAAAGACGAGAUUUUGUCCUGGCAUAAAAAGGUUACCUCCCUAGAACAAGAGCUACAAGCGGCUAAGAACAAAAUCGCUCGCCUUGAAACAUUCAACAAAGCAUAUGAUGAAAAGAUUCGCGAUCUGAACAUCGAUCUCGUCGAAGGACAGGAGGCACUAGCAAAAACUGAGGCAACCUUGGCUAACGCCCAAGAAGCUCUUGAUGACAAACAACGAGAACUGAUGGAUAGCUACAAGAAGGUUUCAGAACUGCAGACCGCUCUAGAUGCAGCUGUUCAAAGCAAAAAUGAUGCUCAGAGAGACCUCCAAGAUGCCAAAGCUAGGAUACAUACAUUGGAGGAAGAACUUCAAGAGGAGCUCAAACGGCAGGCUCAGCUGAGAGGUACUUUAGAAGAAAUGAGAGCAAGGAAUGAGGAGUUGAGGGAUGAGAUUACAAAUCUACAGAAGAAGUUGUUGGAGCUUCAGCAAGAGGUAGAUGACCUGCAGCGUGAGUUGUCAGAGAGGGACUAUAGAAUUGACCGUCUGCGGAACGACUACGACGCUCUGCAGAGUGAUCUAAAUGCCACCAAAGCAGAUCUUUCUACUGCAAGGUCCGAUCUGGAAAGAGCCCUAAGCGAUAAAAGGGGGUUACAAUACGAAAAUCAGAAACUGCAACUGCACAAUUCGGAGCUCGACGCCUCAUACUCGCUACUCAGAGACGAAAACGAGAGGCUUAAGUCAGAGUUGCAAGCUUUGCAAGUACAGCUGUCUGAGCUUCAAUUUAGUUAUAACACUUUGCAGAGGGAUAGCGUCACUGUGGUGGAACAAAGCACUGUCGACGCUGCACCUGAGACUGACUUUGAAAUAGAAGCUUUACGAGGAGAGUGCGAACGUUUGGCUCGUGAAGUUUCGGGACUAAAUCGGAAAAUAGUGACGUGGAAAGACAAGAGUGAAGGUCUAGAACAAGAGAAACUUCGACUGGAAGAUAAAGUCUCGUCAAUGCAGAAGACCAUUAACAGCCUGGAGGCAACAAACCAAGGUUUGAUCUCGGAAAAAAUGCGGCUUCAAAAUGAUAUUGAUAAGCUUCAAAAGAAACUAAUUGAGAUAGAAGCACUGUUGGGUACAGCUGAAAAUGAAAAACGCACCUUAGGAGACGACCUGGAAGACACGCAGAGGAGGCUUCUUAAACUGGAGGCUGAUUACGAGUUGCUCAAAAAACGAACUGCACCUUCCGGUGGGUGGAGCUCAUCAUCAGAUGCUGCCUUGAGAAGGAGUAAAGAAAGAGAAAAUGAAUUGCAGAAUGAAGUCUUGGAGGCUCAUACGAAGAAUUCAAGCUUGGAGCACGAGCUUAAAUCGACCCGCGAGCGAUUGGAAAGUCUUCAAGAUGCAUACCAUAAGGCAGAGGAUAAGGCGGCACAGUUUAAAGAGGAAAUUAUUGUUUAUCAGCAACGCAUUGCAGAAUUGCAAGCUAGUUACGCAAGUAGUCGCGAAAGAAACGCACAAUCAGAUCAAGAAAUCUUAGACUUGCAGCGGAAGCUAGAGGAGCUUGGAGACAGCAAGAAAACAAGUCAUAAAGAUAGGUCAGCCAUGGAAUAUGAAAUCAACUCACAGCGUUCAACGAUUGCAAGGCUAGAAUCACAGCUUGAAGACUCAAACAAGGAGAAAGACAGCCUCAGAUUACAACUGGUAGAUUCUCGCAACAAGAACGAGGAGGCUUCCAAAGAAGUAACCAGGCAAGUUACUGAGAUUCACACCAAAAGUGAAGUGUUCAGGCGAGAAAUUAUUGAGAAGGAGACGGUAAUUGAGCAGUUCAAAACCAGGGUCAUUACUAUGGACAAAGAGUUGGACGCUCUUAGACGCGAGUUGCAGAACAAGAAAAACGAGUGUAAUACACUUCAACGGGAGAUUGACCAACUGAAGUUUGAGUUGAACCAGCAGAAGCAAACUAGGUACGUAAGCGAAGACGAGCUUCGUGGAGAGAUAGAAUCUCUCAAGUUGAGAUACGACGAAAUCGAGGGUGAGAAAGACGCUCUUCGAAGAGAAAGAAACAAUCUACAAUACGAGCUUCGGUCGGUGAAGGAUCAGCUGGAUAAUGUAGAGACAGUCUACAAAGACAGCACUGAUGGAUUACAACAGGCCAACAAUGAUCUUAUUUCAAGUCAGGUCAGGAUAUCGGAGCUAGAAACAGAACUCCAGAGAGCAGCUAAAGACAGCCAAAACCAGCAGCACCAUUUGGACAAGGCCAAUAAAGAGAUAGUAAGUAAACAGGAACAGAUCAUUCGUUUUGAGAAAGAUCUACGCACAAUGAAGACAGACCUGGAGCUAAUGAAGAAGAGCUGCGACGAAAAGGAUGACAAGAUUGGCAUGCUUGAAAAGAAAUGCGUCACGUUGGAGCUCGAGAUCGAAAGACUGAAGAAAGAUCUCUUUUUGGCUCAAGAAGAUCAACAGCGAAGUGAAAGAAGGCUGAAAGACCUACAGGCCAGAUCAGAAAUUGCUAGAGUAGAAGUCAAACCCACCUACGAAACGAGCUUUGAGGUACGAAGAAGCCGAAAACCAGUUGAUAAUGUCUCUAUUCAAGGGCGUGGCAGGAAAACUUCAACUCUUGCUAUGGACAUUGGAAAAGCCCCAAGUAGUCAGCCUGGAUCGCCGAAAUUAGAGCACGAGCCGCUGAAUCGCAAAAUGUCUGCUCCUGUGACGCAAAGCAGUCCUCGUUCUGCCUUCAUCAGACCUGAAAAGGACUUGAGUGCAACAUUUGAGGAACCAGUCAUAGAGGUGCAAGCAAAGCCUGUAGAGGACGAAGCGUCGACUCCUGAUGAAGUGUUCUCCAAAGAUGCACCUCUGAUUGUCAGAUCCUACGGGGAAAAUGAGAUAGCAAAUGGUAUGACGUCGUUUGUUCUAACACGGACCCAUUCACGAGUCAAUGAGAGCCGUACAGAGUCCCGUACCGAGUCCACGACGGACAGACGAAGUACCACGAAUCACGUGCGAAAAUUCAACGAAGAAGUCGAGGUAAACCAGAGGACGAUGACAAGUGUGACCAGUGUGUCAGAAGACUUAGCCUACGCUGAAGGAAAGAUAACCACGCCUCGUGGUUAUGGCAGCAGAGGAGGCUGGGACAGGAACUCUAAUUAUUAUCUUUAAAUUAUGCUUUUUUUAAAAAAGUGUACAUAGUGAGACGCUUUUUAUGUUAAUUUCGUGAGCCUGGGGCCCAUAUAAUUUUAGCGGGGUGAACGCAUCAGAAUUAAGAAUCUGUUAAAAUCGUAAGCCUUUUCAAGCGCGGUAAAAUCAUCGUAUUGCAAGACAUAGCCGAGAGAAAGGUAUCUUUGUCCCGCCCGAUUGGAGCAAGUUUAACGUAAACCAUUUUAUGUUGUGAGGGCUUUUGAAAUUAGUUUUUUUCGGGGAAGUUGUCAUAGGUUUUGUGGUUCUUUAGGAACAACAAAAAUUUUUUGAAAAAACAGACGUUUAUCUUGAUUUUUACUUCCAUCUGACAAAUGUCUUUUAAUCAUUAUUAGCUGAAAGAUAUAAUUUAUCUACUUUCUUCGUCAAUUUGAAAUUUUCAAUGCAAGCUUUAUUUAAUCAUUUCAUCUCCAAAGUCAUUUUGACUUCUAAAAAAUUCAUCAAAAUUUAUUUGAAAUGGCAUGAUAUUUCGUAUUUUUUCCCUAUACGUUAUGAUGUAUAAUUCGUAAGGUUUUGAUCCCACUCUUAAUAUGGGAGAUUAAUAUAUUUUGAUGCAUCUUGUUUGGUUGUUGACGCAGUGUUUACAUGGGUGUAUGGUACUUUUUACAAUUUUGCUAUUUUUAGAAACCUGGUUUUGGAAUUCAUUGUUCUUAGUAACCGGAUUUUAUAGGUAAACAUUGAUAAAAUGCAUGUAGCGGAUCUCGCCAUAGUUAAAAGCUUGAGCGUUGUUUAUAAUGUAUUUCAUAGUUUGCAGACUUAGAUGCUGAAAUAAAUAGUUGUUAUAUUUCA